AUGACAAAUAAUCAUAAAAAUAAAUGGAAAUGUACAAAUUGUUUGAUGUUGUUUAAAUCAGAUACAAACCAGAAUGAAAAUAGCUGUUACGUGACAGAACGAAAAAAGUAUAAUAUAAAUAUAACUACUGAAAAUUCUUUUGAAGGUUUAUCAGACGAAGAAUAUUCUUCCUUUGUCACAGACAGUAAAUUGAACAGAAGUUGCCCAAAUAUAGGAGUGAAUCUGGAAGAAGAUACGCAGGAAAUGAAGAACAAAAUAUUACACCUAGAGUUGAAACUAAAGGCUGCUGAAAACGAAAUCGAAAACCUUCACUCUGAAAAUACUGCCUUAAGUAAACGACUAGCCGAAUAUGAGCGAAAAAUAAAAACUUUGACUGGAAUAUGUACAUCAAGCUCAAAAAAUCCCACCAAACCAAAAAACAGGACGAGCCUUAAGGGUACUCAGCUUAGCUUUAGAGAGGAAGAAAGGAAUAGCCUUAAUGAUGAAAGCACAGUUAAACUAUCCGAAACACCGUCUAGUAAACAAAAAGCAUCUGUGCGUAAAAAUUCCGAAAUUAGGAUAAACUCAAAACAGACAAGAUACAGUCAAUUAAAAAAUGAGACUAUGACAGAAGAACAAUACACAUACGCACACAGAUUAUAUAUAUUUGGAGAUGAACAAGGCCGAGGCAUAACCACACAAUUAUCAAAGUUACUUGGAAAUAAAUACAAAAUAUAUGGCGAAAUAAAACCAGGAGCUACGACGGAUAAAAUACUAGAAGGCAUUAAACUCCAUUGCUCAACUUACAGUAAUAUGGAUUACGUACUGAUCCUUACAGGGAAAAAUGACAGUGACUUAACAAAAAUGAGUUCCUACCUUUUUUACUAUCUAAGCCAGCUUAAAAACACAAAUAUUAUAUUAUGCGAAACUGAGGGUAAUAGGCAAAAUAAUACUGAAGAUAUAAAUAGAAUAUUUAAAUCAUACAGCGCGAAGUUGCCGAAUGUUCACUAUAUAGAUUUACGUUAUUCAUAUUUGGGCCUGCCACAUAAUAACUUGAGACAUCUGUGCCAAAAUAUACUUCAAGAAAUAUUACGACUUGACUAUAAAUAUAAAAUCAAAAAUUACCAAAGUAAAGAAAUACAGAAGCUAUUAAAAGGCAUUAGGCUACCUAAAGAGGAUAUUCAUUGUGAUUCGACAGAUGAGAUUGUUAAUGAUGAUCAUUUUUUUCGCUAG